AUGAAUACUUACCUCCUCAAAGCCCUUUGCUUCUGGCUGACAGUCGCAGCCGUCUGCGCCGGGGAACCAGGAGAUCACAGUCACCCUAAGCCGGAGACCUGCGUGGAAGGCGAAGUCUGGAAAGAAUGUGUCGGGAGUUCAUGCGCUGAACUAACCUGCAAAGACCCCGUGGCUUCCAAUGGAUGCACCCUUGACUGCAACUAUGGAUGCUACUGCGCUGACGGACUCUACAGGGACGUCAAGAAAAAUUGCGUCAGGAUAGAACAGUGUUCUUGAAAGCUGCCUCCUGUAACCAUCCUCAAGAUCACGGAAACAAGACACUUACGAGUCAUGAGAGCUACAUCGUG